AUUCCAGUUUUAUUAGAACAUCUUGAAUGUUGCAAGUGUAUUGUGGAAAGUGGUGUGAUUUUUGCUGUAACAUUGUGCGCUGGUUUGGAUUUUUGUCCGUAAAAUCCAAUACCGAAAACUGUCUCUCGCUAGUUAACGCUGUUAAGCUUCAAUUUGAAUUCUCAAGCUCCGAAAUUCGGCCCGAAAUGAAGACUUUGACGUUUUUGUUCCUGGUCUGCCUUGCUGCAGCUUCUCACGCUGAGUUGCUUUCUAACAACGACGAGUCGCUCUACGUAGUCGAAGGUCGCAUCUUUCCUGCUGAAGGGGAGUCGGCUAGCACUUGGCAGAGGGAAGCCAGGAUUUUGGUCAACGGAGGGGAGUACUUGGGAUUCUUAAAACACGAUGGCUCGUUCAUCAUCAGCAACCUACCUUCAGGAUCCUAUAUUGUCGAGGUAGCGCAUCCCAACUACUAUUACGAGCCUGUCAGAAUUGAGAUCAACACCAAGGGAAAAUUCCGAGCUCGCAAACUGAACCACCUUCAACCCUCAGUAGUGGUUCAGGUGCCUUAUCCGUUGAAGCUUAAGUCCCUCGGUAGAAUGAGAUACUUCCAGCAGCGAGAACAGUGGAGGAUUACAGACUUCCUGUUCAGCCCCAUGGUCCUGAUGAUGGUUCUGCCUCUUGUUUUGAUCAUGGUCCUCCCCAAGAUGAUGAAUGACCCUGAAACGAAAAAGGAAAUGGAGCAACUGAAUAACAUGACCAAGUACGACAUGCCCGAGAUGUCUGAAAUGAUUACAUCAUUCUUUUCUGGUCGCGAAAAACCCAAGCCCGUCAAAGCUUCUAAAGCCAACAAGAAGAGACAAUGAAGAAAUCGAACUAACUUUCUCUGUUAAAUUAUUAUCAUUAUAUUCUGAACUUCAAAACGUGUGAUCAAAUAAAUAAUCGAAUUCAUGCGUUACCUCGUUAGUAA